AUGGACGAUACCGAGCGACGCUCCGCCAAGCGCUCGCGCUUCGACCAAACCGAACCUGAGCCGCGCAAGGCGUCGAGAUUCGACCGCCGCUCACGAUCGCCGCCUUCAAGGCGCUCGGAGUCGGCGAGGGAUCGUAGCCCUUUGGCGGCCGACCACGUGACUGAGCCGAAGAAGUCGCCCGUGGAUGCCGCUGCUGCUGCCGCCGCCGCCGCCGCCAGAAUCAAUGCGCAGCUCCAAGCGAAGAAAGGCAUUCAACACGUCGAUGUUCCUCCGAUCAAGACUGCGACUCCUCCGGCUGGCGGUGCGCAAUCGCCCGAUCCGGCCAACACGAUCAAUGGCGAGAUGUACAUUGCCGACGGCGACUACAUCAAAGACAUUGAAGUGAACGACCUUCGCAACAGAUACCUCUUGACCAAGGGGUCGACUCAGAAGAUGAAACAAAGGUUGACUUUGCAAGAUGUUACUACCCGAGGAAACUAUUAUCCCGACAAGAGCAUGGCUACCGCCGCGAAUCCGCCUCUGUACCUGCACGUUACAAGUACAUCAAAGACGGGUCUUGAGCAAGCCGUUGCCAAGAUUGAGGAACUCAUGAAACAGGAACUCCCUGCGCUGGUCGACGAGCGUCGUUUCCGUCGCCGUGAUCAAGAGCAAGUCGAGAGAGACGAAUACGGCCGACGCAAAUGGCCCGAGGAGAAGAUCCCCAUUGGCCUGGAAUCCGUCCCGGGAUUCAACCUUCGCGCUCAGGUCGUUGGUCAUGGAGGUGCCUACGUCAAACACAUUCAGCAGGAGACCCAAUGCCGUGUCCAGAUCAAGGGCCGUGGUUCUGGGUACCUGGAGGCUGCCACCAACCGCGAGAGCGACGAAGACAUGUACCUUCACGUGGCGUAA